GAAGCGAAAUUUGAGUCAAAAGAAAAAUCUCCCUCCCCCAUGUGGCAAAUGCUACAAAUACAUGCCCAGUCUAAAAAAGAAACGUUUUUUCCCUUUUCCACUGUCUGUUUCGUCCUUAGGAGUCGUAUUAUUCUGAAUGCAACUCGCUCCAAACUACUAAUCAGCUUCAUUGUCUCUAUGGCUGCGGAAUCCCAAUCGCAGAAGAAGACUUACUGUCUCUUCGGAGAUAUCAUGAUUGCACCCAAGGACUUCGACCUUUCUCCUACCAAGGACCGUCAAAUUAACCUUCAACUCAAUUUCCCUGACGUCGGCCGAGUCUUUAAUGAUUUUAUCAGGACCAGAGAAGUUGGUGAAUUUCUCAGUGGGGCUUUGGCUGGGGCGAUGACCAAGGCCAUUCUAGCUCCUCUUGAAACUAUCAGGACAAGAAUGGUAGUCGGUGUUGGGUCCAGAAACAUUGGUACUAGUUUUGUUCAGGUUAUUGAACAACAGGGUUGGCAAGGGCUGUGGGCAGGUAACACAAUUAACAUGCUACGGAUAAUUCCUACACAGGCAAUUGAACUCGGGACAUUUGAGUGUGUCAAGCGAGCAAUGACUUCGGCACAAGAGAAAUGGAUGGAUACUGGUAACCCUAAGCUUCAGAUUGGUAAUGCUAGCCUGAGCUUUUCUCUCUCAUGGCUAUCGCCAGUUGCUGUUGCUGGUGCUGCUGCUGGAGUUGUAAGCACACUUGCAUGUCAUCCGCUGGAAGUGCUGAAGGAUCGGUUGACAGUGAGUCCUGAGGUCUACCCCAGCCUACGCAUUGCAGUUCACAAGAUUUACAAGGAGGGUGGAAUCGUAGGCUUGUAUGCUGGACUUGGGCCAACAUUGAUUGGCAUGCUCCCAUAUAGCACUUGUUACUAUUUUAUGUACGAGACAAUUAAGAAAUCAUAUUGCCGUGCACAGAAGAAGGAAUCUCUAAGCCGUGCGGAGAUGCUUCUUGUUGGAGCUUUCUCAGGUUUAACAGCUAGCACUAUUAGUUAUCCAUUGGAGGUGGCGAGAAAGCGGCUAAUGGUGGGUGCUUUACAAGGUAAAUGUCCACCUCACAUGGUCGCAGCACUUUCAGAAGUUAUUAGGGAGGAGGGUUUAUUAGGCCUUUAUAGAGGCUGGGGUGCGAGUUGCCUAAAAGUAAUGCCAUCAUCAGGCAUUACUUGGACGUUCUAUGAAGCUUGGAAAGAUAUAUUGCUUGCUGAUAGACGUCAUGUGUGACAGCAGACAUAUAGUAGCACAGGAAAUGAAAUCUUAUUAUUAUGCGCUCAAGCUAGAAGCUGGUGAUGGUAAGAGUUAACUGUGGUCUCUGUCAUCAUGAGAUUUGUUACAGAUGCGCAUCCACAAAGUUUGCUUCCCAUCUUCCCCACUCUUCUGUGGGCACAAAGAAAUUUCUUUAACAUUUCUGUAAACGAUGGAAUAUGAUUUAUGAUUAUUGCAAGAAUUACAA